UUUGUAUAUACAACAGAUUUUUCAGAUUGUUCCACAAGUUUUUUUCUUUGCACAUGCAUAUAUAAUUACCAAUUAUAAUCUUACAAAAGAGAAACAAGCGAUGCCAAAGGAAUAAGCUUACAAAUCGAAAAUAAGCUGACAACGCCAUGGCUAACAAAGAAAAAGACAAACAGACAAACAACAGUACACAAAACACAACAUAAAAAACUAAAGACUGAGCAACAACAACCCUACCAAAAACUGGGGGUUAUCCCAGGUGCACUGGAAGGGUAAGCAGAUCCUGCUCCACACGUGACACCCGUCGUGCUACUCAUGUAAGUACAAACCCGGUGAUAAGUCUAAUUCCGUAGGUUACCUUCGGGGAAAAGGGGACGGGAUUUUAGUUACGACAAUUGGAACAUACCUGUUGUCAUCUGUGAAACAGAUAUUUCAUAACGGUCAACCAACUCAUGAUGGCGUCCGUAAAAUUUAUGAAGGGAUGAUUUCAAUUUCACCAAUUGGACUUCUUGGUUUAAAAGCUUCCUUGUGAGCAGCAACCCUCUAUCAAGGAAAUCAUGAUAGGAAAUACAAUCCUGGAAUAUCGUAUCAACUGGGAGAUAUAUACUCCGUAUGCAGGCGCUGCUGGAGUGUUGCUACAUAGAAAUGGAAAGUUCACAAUUGGGAAGCUAAAAUCAUCUCUUUUGUCGUAAAAUUUUGUUUUUAAGCGACCUUUAUUGUCAAUUUCUAGAUGUAAGUCAAGAUAUGAGGCAAACUUAACUGUCUCUGUUGUAUCCUUUAUCUCAAGUUCGAUGGGAUAGAUAGGUUCAACACAGUCACCACAUUUUGAGUUGUUUAGUGAGAGAACAUCAUCUUUAUAGCGGAAAGUGAAGUUAAAGAAUACUGCUAUCUUGUUUUCUUUCUUCCUAAGCAGCUCCUGUAUGAAAUCAGCCUGAUAUAAAUAACGAAACAAGUCAGCAAGAAGAGGAGCACAGUUGAUUCCCAUAGGAAUGUGUAUUGUUUGUUGAAAACACGUCCUCAAUACGUAACAAACAUGUUGUCAAUCAAUAAAAUCAAGCAUCUUGAUAAUGUCAGUUUCUGAAAAAAAUUUGUUUGAAUUAGAGUGAUAUUUUACAAAGUAAUAUUUAUCCCGCCUUAAGACAAGAUACUUGUAUCUACGUUGGCCAUUCUUAUUUAUGAAACAAAGCAGGACUAACUUUUCCAAUUUGUCUUUUUUAUUUGGAAUGAGGAUUAAGAGUGUAAAGGGUAAAAAAGUCGAAUGUUUUGAUAUUAUUGCGUUUAGUGAAAGAGUCUUAGAUUGUAUGUACCCCAAAAGAUCUUUGGAAUAUUUUAGUAUCCACAUCUGAUUCACGCCGCCUCUAGAAUAUGUAAUUUCACAAUAACUUUGAAACCUGGGUUUGAUGGCUAAUAAUAUUGAUGUUAAUAAUUUACAAAGUGGUUUUGUGGAGCACUUGAAAGACACAGCAAUAUAACGCUGUUUGUAUGGACACUUAUGUAGUUUAGGUAUCCAAUACAAUGAAGGAAGAUCCAGAGCUUCAGCUUUGGUUGAAAAAAAACCCAAAUAAGAUGUCAUUCAUUCCAUCAAUUUUCUUUUAUUGACUCUUUAUAUAAAGAUACGCGGUAUGGUUGCUAAUGAGACAACUAUUCCUCAGAAACCAAAUGACGCAAUUAGGCCAUCAAAAAAUAUUGAAAUAAUCAUAACGGUGCUAUUUUCAAUUUAAAACGUGUAUUUAAAUUCGGCAAUUCAACAAACAUUACUUGUGCUAAGACAAUUUAAGAUAUGCUUACCUUUAAACAAAACAUCAAACACAGAAAGAAAGGGAUGUUUGGGAAAUACAAAUUUUAAUUAGACAAAUUUAAAUAAAAUUGAUAAUCAGUAUUUCAAUAAGCUUUACCGCUUAAUUGCAUAUCUUACACAGUGAACCAGAUACGACAUUGAAUGAAGUGCUGCAUGAGUAGAACUUCAUUUGCAUGCAAUCGUAAAAAUGGGAUGCUGUAUCUCAAAAUCAACGAUACAACCAGUUAUUGUAGAUAAUAGUCAAAAUUUCAGAUCUAAAAAUGUGUCCUCUGAUCUGAAAAUCACAUAUAAUGACCUGAAAUCAAUAGAUGAUCAUGCCUUACAGACGCCAAAGUAUGUUGAAAACUCCAUCACCGAACUUGCUGACUACCUGGCAAAACCUGCCAAAAGUGAACUGGAGACCAUUCGAUCUUUUUAUGUUUGGAUCUGUAAUAAUAUAAGUUACAAUGCAACAGCUUUCUUUAGUGGGACAUCCGCAGUCACAGAACCUAGUGGUGUUUUAAAAUCUAAAAGCAGUGUUUGUGAAGGAUAUGCCAGGCUCUUCCAAGCCCUCUGUGUGGCAAAGAACAUAAAAUGCCAAAAGAUCAGUGGAUUCUCGAAGGGAUAUGGCCACCAGCUUGGGACUAUCUUAUCUUAUCAAAACAAAACAGAUCAUGCUUGGAAUGUUGUUUUUGUUUCUGGGAAAUGGAGAUUUAUAGAGACAACAUGGGGAGCUGGUCAUAUAAAUAAAAAAAGAACAUUCGUAAAGGAAUUUUCAAAUUUCUACUUUUUAACAAAACCAGAACAUUUCAUAGAAGAUCAUUUUCCUUACAUCAAUAAUGACGUAGAGGGAAGCAAGGAAUGGCAACUUCUCCGAAAACCGGUGUCUCUUGAAGAAUUUUCAAAAACUUUGAAAACAACAAAUGUUGCAAGAGAAUGGGAUGUCAUAUUUCCAUCCAAUAAAAAUGAAGUUGUGAAAGCUGACAGAAAGGCUUCAAUAUCAAUGGAAUCGAAGCAAGUCACUUUGACAAAUGUCAGUGUGAAUCUUUAUGGUAGUAGCAGAGAACUCUGCAACGAAUCUGUAGUAAUAGUAAAGAACAACUUUUCAAAUUACACCAUUACCAUCACACCAAGGAAAAUCGGAAAGUAUAUGCUUCAGAUAUUCGGAACAGUUGAUGAAUCACAACAUGUCAUGCCUAAUCUGACAGAGUAUUUGAUAGAAUGUACGUCUAUAGAGGACGAAUUCAUGCCCUAUCCGGAACAUAGUGGAUUCUAUGGGCCCUCUACUGAUUGUAAACUUCGAGGCUUUGCAAAUUCCGAGUCGAUUUCAGCUUUUCAAAUAUGUCAAAACGGCGAAUUUGAAUUCCUAAUUAAGACGAAUAAGACUGUUAAAUGUUCUGCGGAUAUAUUUGAAACAGACGGAAGCAGAAGUUCAGAUUUUGUCAUGGUUGAACAAUCGAAUGAUUCGGUUUGUGUUAAAACACGUUUUGUAAGUAAGGGGUACUACAAAAUUACACUUUUUAGCGAGUUGGAAGGCAACGACACAUAUAGUGAAGCGAUGAAUAUUCUAGUUCUCAACAAAAAAGCGGCAAAAAUCGCAACUCCUUUUCCUCAAACAUACUCCUCUACAAAUGAAUACAAUUGCCAUCUUAUCGAGCCGCUUGUACGUAAUAUCCCGUCAAAUUCAAAUGUUCGUUUUGCAAUGUCGUCUCCUGUGAUUCAACAACUCUUAAUCGAUGGCAAGGUGCAUAAAAAAGAAAACGAUAAAUUAUGGGACAUUACUGUAAAAACGGGUUACUCAGGUGUCUUAACUGUAUCCGCAAAAAAGGACAACAACAUAAACAGUUAUUCCUACAUAUACCAAUAUGUGGUAGAUUGAAGUACUCACAUACUCAUUUAUUUCAAUUAAAUCUAUAUACUAUAGUAACAUAUAUUUUA